GUCCAACUUCCGGUUCAUAACAAACCAGCUGUCCUCACCAAAAGGUCACUUCAAAGCGCAUACCCCUUUAAUGGGAACUCGUGUAAUGAGUGAAUUCUCCCACGACUCAUCGUCUCCAGGUCUAAAUGAAAAUGAAAAUGCUGUACGAAUUCGGCGUGACCUAAAUCUAGGGUUUGAUGGAGAAAGUACGCCACGAAUACCAGUGCAGACACCACCAUCGUCGAAUGGAAUCCAGUCACACACCGAUCAGGUUCAGAAAUUGGCUGGACUUAGCAUUGGAUUUUGCAGCAUCUUCGCAGAACAGUUACUUUCCCAUCCAUGCAUUGUGCUACGAAGACAGUGUCAGGUUCAUCACGGUGGUUCCUGGCAUCACCUGACGCCCAUUUCCCUGGUCCAGAUUGUGAUCAAUAUUCAAAGGACUCAGGGUGGCUUGGUGUUAUGGAAAGGCCUUGGUGGUGUGUACAUUGUGAAAGGAAUUGGAAUUGUAUCAGAGAGCCUUCUCAGUGAAGUCACUACAUUUCCAAGGGAGGUUUCCAGAAGAAGUACUUUGAAAAAGUAUGGUGGACAUUUAUUGUUGAAAAGUCUUGUGUUUGCCCUCUCGACGCCAUUUUACACUGCUAGUCUUAUUGAAACUGUACAAAGUGACAUUGCAAGUGAAAGGCCUGGUGUAUUUGACGUGCUGUUUGAGGGUGUGGCCAGGAUCGGCAGCUGGGGUGUACCCCGGACAUCCCGACAGCUUCCAAUCUGGCAAUUGGCUCUGCCCACAGUUGUGCUGCGGCUGUCUCACUAUGUUGUUAGUUCUAUAGCACAGUUCACUGUUACCUCCACCAUGCAGUUGGAGCAGCAAGAAAUGAGGGAUCAGCCAGGCCAGGGGAACAAGGAGCCGAGCUCCUACGAGGUGUACUUCCCAGAGCUGCUGGCUUCUUUCACCGGGGGAAUCAUGGCGGAUAUCAUCACCUUCCCUCUGGAGACUGUGCUACAUAGACUCUAUGUGCAGGGCACAAGGACAAUUAUAGACAAUACAGACUCUGGCCUAGGGGUUGUUCCCAUCAUCACGGGCUACGAAGGCUUUGUCGACUGUUUCCGUGGGAUACUGGCAGAGGAAGGAAUCCCUGGUUUUUACCGUGGCUUUGGUGCUUUGGCUUUACAGUACGGGAUACACGCCAUAAUCCUGAGAAUGGCCAUGUUCCUGUUCGAUAAGCUUUCCAAGGAAGUGAGGCGAAGGCAGGAGUUACAGAGACAGUCAAAAGGCUCAAGCUCAUAUCGAGACUUGAAACUUGCAGAAAGAGGAGAUGCUUUAUAACAGGUGGAGAAUCAUUUAGAACUGUUGCUGAAGUGACCAUUACUCAGGUCUGUAUGAGCAUUCUGGCUGUGCACUGACAUGAUGGUGGAUUGCUCUCACAUGCGAACUUCAUCACUUGCAGCUCAAGAGUUUAACUCAUUGAGCUGAGUAAAUCAAACUAUCAUUGUGUAAAAUGUGAACUUAUGUUUGCAUUAGUUUUGUAGGACAUCAUUGUAAUUUUUGUGUUUUGUCUUGCAAGUUGUUGUUUUUUCUUUUAACUCAUCUUUGACACAAUGAAUUUGUUUCUUUGACAUAGACCCAUUUUGUUUUCAAUUUAUCAGACGUUGCUCAUUUUCUGCUAAUUGAUAUGCCAUGAACAUGUUUUUGUUUCCUAAGUUGAUUGAAUUACAUUUUAUGCAAUGCCCUUGAUAAUGAUAUCAAUUGUAUAUUUGUAUACUAUUUUUAUCCCCAGUAAAAUGUUUUGCUGCUUGCAUAGUUGUCUUUCACUUGUUCAGUAAAUUCCAUGUGUAUCCAGUUAUAUUCUUAUUCUGUUGUGAACUUAUCCUACACAGGUGCAUGGGAUGGAUGCAGCAUCCAUUUAAGUCUUACAGAUUUGCUGACAGUAAUGUGUUUCCCACAUUUCAUAUUGGCAAUGUGAUAGAUAUGUUAUUCGAAGCUUAAUGAGCCCAGCUUAUUGAACUGAACAUCAAAAUGUCGUUUUGAUUGUCAAAAUGAGAGUCUGUACACUGUCAGUGCUUUGUGAAAAAAUGUGCAAAAUUGUAUAGGUUUAACGCCCCUUGCAGCACUGUAAGGCUAGGUUUGCUUUGUGUGUCUGUUUUCGUAAUGUUAUAUAUGCAAUAGUAAGUGUGGCUGCUUUGAGUAAUGUUGUUGUUGUUAUUGAUCCAGCUUUGAGUAAUGUUCACUGCCAAAGUUUGAACUGUUCACGUCUCAGAUGUUUGCUGAACCCCUCAUUGUUUGUGGGAGACAUUUUUUUUCACACUCUCUCUUUGUGUGUUAUGUGCAAUGUUAUGUAACUCUUUAAGUCUUAUUGUACAUAGUACUUCACAGGUAGUCACUGAAAAAUGCCUAUACAUAGAGAUAGUCUUAAUGUAGUGUCGUUAUAAUUAAAGCCAGAUUUUUAAAUUUGGGGUAAUAUGGUAAUAUGGUAUGGUGUGCCUCUCAAGGAACUGAGUUUGGGCAGCAAAAAAUGUUUUAAUGUAAAGCCAGAGCUUUGGUAAACUGCCUCUUGUUCAUGAGAAAGUCCCAAAGAUAUGAACGUCGUAGUAUUCUUUUGCCUUUAUCUGACUUAAUAUGCUUUAGGAUAAGACAUAUUUAGCUUGUCUUAGUAUAAUAAACGUUUGUCAUUGAUGCUUGUGACUUUUCAAGAAAAGUGAAUGUGUACAACUGCUGACACAAGCAGCACGUCCUGAUUCUCCAGAACUUGUUUCUUUUUUGUGCUUUCUGUUUUUCUUUUUUUUAAUGACAGAAUGAUUUGAAUGAACUUCCUCGUAUAUCCUUGUAGACGAGGGAGAAUAUUGUUGCCCUGGGGUGGUUGGUUUCUUCUUUCCUAUCAAACAUCUAUCGUCCUUAUCUGUCCUCCUUCUUUCCUAUCAAACAUCUAUCAUCCUUAUCUGUCCUCCUUCUUUUUUGUGUUUGUUACUCUCUUGUAUCACCUCAAAUUUUUGGCACUUAUAUAUGACCUAAUUGUUUUGCAAGUGCCGUAAAAUACUUACUAAAACAAUUGUUGCCAUGGUAGUUGUUGAAGCCUUUGUUGGAUUGAUUUGGUCUUGUUGGAACAAUACAUACCCAGUCAGUUUCUUAAGAGAACAGCUGAAGUGUUUUUGUUUCAUUUUCAUGUUUCCUUGUAUGUGUGUAUUCAUACUUACACAGAAAUAAAUAUUAGCUGGUAACAUAGAAAAUGGGCAAUGUUUUUCAGGCACUUUAAUAGCAGUUGGGCCAAAUUGAAACAAAGUGGGCAAUAGUCUCGUGUAUAAGAGUGGGAGAACUCAUGUUGAAUGUAUCUUGUCUAUUGUCAUUUGUUCUUUGUAUUUGUCUCUCUUCUAUAAUGUUUUGUGAAGAUAACGUUUUAUCAUCUGCUACUCUCAAGUGCUCUUGUGAGCUACAUUUGUCAUUUUUUUCCAUUUCGUAUUUUCUUGAUGUUAGCAUUGUAUACUCAGACAGCAGAAACUAGUGCUGACUUUUCUACAGUUUUAUGAAGCACAUAUUCUUUUGCAUGCAGAGAAGGGUAGUGUGUGGUGCUUAGUUAAAGUGCCUUCUCUCAGUUAUGUAGGUGACUGAGUGGACAUGACACAAAUAUAUUGACCUUUGUCCAACCCUUAGUGUCAGUAUCCUUUACUUUACAUUCUCGUAAAAGGCACUUCUUUCCCAUCUUUACUUACUUACUGUCAUGUUCCUCUGUUACGUGUGAAGCUCUGGUUGGAGGAUGUACAAGCUUGUGCCUUCCCAUGUGAGCAGGAAAUAUGUGUAUGAAUAUUCAGUUGCAACAGGACUAUGUCAAAAUAAUGGCUAAUGUGCUUAUAAUAAAUAUAAAGCAUGCCUGAGAGAUUAAGUUUGAUACUGUGUGUUUGUUAUUGAUGUUGUCUUUCAUUUGAUGCCCGCCAUUGUAAAUGUUUGGAGGUUGCCAUUAAAAUGAUUUUACCAGCUGGAA